AUGGUCAAGUUCCGGAGAUCGCUCAAGAGCGACAAGGCCGACUCCAAGCCGCACCACAUCUCCAUCCCGCCCAAGGACGCGAUAGCCAUCGUGCCGCCCAAGAAGGUUAUUAAAGCCCUCUACGACUACAGCGCCCCCGACAGCGACCACUACCUCAGCUUCACCCAAGGCGACUUCCUGCACGUCGUCGGCCGCGAGAACGACCCCGACUGGUACGAGGCAUGCAACCCGCUGCACGGCUCGCGAGGACUGGUACCCGUCAAGUACUUUGAUACCGUCGGCAAGACCGUUCGGGACAGCGGCAGCUCCCUCCACGAGCUCGUCAACCUCCACAGCGCCGGCCACGACAGCGGCUACGCCGAGAAAACUUCUGCCGAGCACGAUCUUUUCCCCAAGCCCGCGAGGAUGAGCAAGUCGUCGAUGAAGGGCGGCGCCGGCGCCCUCGGCGGCACCGGCGCCAUGGUUUACGGCGUCGUCAUGUACGAUUUCAAGGCCGAGCGCCCUGACGAGCUGGAAGCGAAGGAGGGCGAGGCCAUCAUCGUCAUCGCCCAGUCGAACCCCGAGUGGUUCGUCGCCAAGCCAAUCACCCGCCUGGGUGGCCCUGGCCUGAUUCCUGUGUCCUUCAUCGAGAUCCGCGACAUGUCCACCGGCAAGGCCGUCCCCGAUCCUCAUGAGGCCGUGCGCGCCGCCGGCGUCCCGCGCGUGGAAGAAUGGAAGAAGAUGGCAGCCGAGUACAAGAACGGUAGUAUUCCGCUGGGCAAGCUGGAGUCGAACUCGCAGCAGACGCUGCAGCAGGGCAUGGAGCGCAUGAGCGUCCAGAGCCGGAACGGUCAGAAUGGAUACGCCUCGUCCCACUCGCGCGCAGGAAGCGUUGCGGCCGCCAACGGCGCCUACCGCCAGUCCAACCAAGCCGAAGCCCGAUUGCUUGCGCCAAUCAACGCCAGCGUUCCCCGGUACUGCUUCGCCAACGACAUCUUCUGGUUCAUCGUCGAGUGCCAAAUGGAGGAUGGCUCUUACUGGGAACUCUCUCGUCUCUACCAGGAUUUCUACGACCUCCAGAUCAAGCUCAUCAAUGCCUUCCCGCUGGAGGCAGGCCAAGUCGAGGGCGUUGAGAGGACUCUGCCCUACAUGCCUGGACCGGUUACCUACGUCACCGACAACAUCACUAACGGUCGCCGGGCGAAUCUGGACGAUUACAUCGUAAAUCUGCUAAAACUUGGACCCCAUAUAACCCGCUCCGAGCUCGUUUGCGAGUUCUUCAAGCCCAAGGAGAACGAUUAUGAAAUUGACCCCAACAUCAGUGCGGAUGGCUACAGACUAUCCGGCGCAUCCCAGCAAUCCACCGAUCCGUCUGGUGGCGCUUCGAGACAGUCUUCCAGCGGAAAUCUGCAACAAAGCCACCAUUCGCAUAGCCAGUCACAAUCAGGCUACAGUCACCAGCGCCAGACUUCUAAGGCUCAAUCCUUGCACCCCGUUCAGCAGCACCCUAGUAUGCAGCGAAACAACAGCUCCAUGACGCAGGGGUCUGCUUCUUCUGCCGGAAACAGUACCCUCACGGGAACGGGUGUUGGUGCUCACAAGAUCAAGGUCUGGUUUGAAGAGGACAACUGCGUUGUCAUCCGGAUGCCGGCAUAUUUCCGUUUCGCGGAUUUAUACAAGAAAUUGCAAGAGCGCCGUGCGUUGGAAAGAGGUGUGAGCCCACAAGAGGUGGCUGAUGAAGCGCUCCUGGUUGAGUACAGGGACGAAGCCGACGGCCAAUAUUAUAGUAUUGGAGACGACGAGCAAUUAGAAGACGCGAUUGCGCGAAGCCCGAAGCUUGUGCUGUGGGUCAGCGCCGCCGCCCAGUAG